UUUUUUCUUCGUCCUUCUUCCCGUUGAGCUAAUCGGUUUCGGUCGACCGCUACACCUGCUCGCCGUUUCUCACCGCCAUCCUCCCACAAGCACACACAACAUGGAUGAUUUUGACAUGCUGAACGCGCCCGCCGCCGGUAACGGUGUCGGCUCGGAGGAGGACCCCGCUGCCGCGUUCCUGGCCCAGCAGGAGAGCGAAAUCGCGGGGAUUGAAAACGACGAAGGCUUCAGCAUCCUGGACAGUGGAGAGGUCCCCUCGUCGCUGGGAGACUCUGUCGAUGGUGCUGUCAAUGGAGAGCUUCAUGUGGAAAGCAACGGUCCAUCGGACGCCUAUGCAGCAAUCUCCAAUGCAGACCGGCUGCAGGCCGAACCUGAAAGCCUACGCAAGUGGAGGGAGGAGCAAAGAGACAGGCUAGAGUUGCUAGAUGAUAACUCUCGUAAGCAGGAGUUAGAGUGGAAGGAGAAAGCCAAGGUGGAGCUGGAAGAGUGGCACGCCAGGCAGAACGAGCAGCUGGAGAAAACCAAAACUAAUAACAGGGUGCUGGAUGAAGACUUCUACAAGCAGCCCUUCUCUGAGCUCAUUGGUUAUGUCACACACAUUAACCAUCCUUGCUACCGCCUAGACCAGGCGGCUGAGGAGGCCAUGGUUUCAGAUCUGGAUGAGAACAACCCAGGCACAGAGUGGGAGCGGGUUGCUCGGCUCUGCGACUUCAACCCCAAGUCCAGCAAGCAGGCCAAAGAUGUGUCCCGCAUGCGCUCCGUCCUCAUCUCCCUGAAGCAGUCCCCGCUAGUCCGCUAGACAGCCACGGCUGCUCAGGGCGUCAUUCCAUAUCAUCCUGUAUCACCACACACCAAACAACCCAACUACCGACGUCCCAGCAUCUGUAUUCUGAAGACAAGGGGACGUAGACCCCUUCUGUCGAUAUCUGUUUGCCAUGCACAGCCCUGUGGAAGGACAUAGCCAGUGGUCCUACCUUCAUCUAUCUCCUCCUGCCAGGGCUGUAGAGAUUAACCUUGAAGCACCAGCUCACCAUUUUCUGCCCCCUGAAAGGUUUUCACCUGCGUGCACCUCUUUCACAGACCAAUCAAGACCUUGUAAUUCCUCUUUCCUGUCGUUUAACAUACUGAGCUCAAGGCCUGUUAGAUAGACACACCAGGUCUCAUGUCUGUGGUAUUGUGUAUCACCUGUGUAAGGGUGGUGAGUUGGGACACUAAAAGGGAAGGGUUGAUUGUUUUGGGCGUACGGCUACACUACAACCUGCUUCAAAUGUAACAAACAAUAUCAUUCCCACGAUGCUGUACUCUAACUCUUAACCUGUCAAUCUUAUGAAUCCUCCUCUGACCUACGAGGUUUGAUUGAUGUUUAAUUGUUUCAUUCACCUUUUGCCCUUCAACACAACCUCGUGUUUUCCCAUCUUCAAUUUUUCUUUGUUUUCUUUUUAAGGACCAAACUCUUAAGACAAAACUCCAAAUUCAGUGUGUGUACUUUGAACUGUGUGUAGAGCCUGCUUGUGGCAUAUUGUGUUAAAUUUUCCAAUCUAUGCAUUUCCUUUUGAAAAGCCUCUCCCCUCUCCAGACAGGAAACUGAACAGUCCAGUCAUUACAAUAAAUGUGACCCGUUUGUGUGUGCGUUCGAACUCCAACAGUGUGUGUGUGUGUAUGUACUCUAUGCGUGUACCUAUGUACAUAUACAGAAGGCAAUAUAUAUACAGUAUAUAAAACGUUUAUGUCACUGAAAUUAGAAGGUUGUGGUUUUAAAGAGAACUAGAUAUUAGCCAGCUGUUGCUAGACCAUGCGUGUUCAUUGUCCAUUUGAUUUCAAUAUCAGUAAAAAGUGAAUGAAAGUUGU